AUGCUCGGUGCUGAGUCAUCGACGCGCGACGCGGUCAAUGGACUGCUUCCCCUUCCCGACUCUGAAAACUACAGAAUCUGGCGGCCGUGUAUGCUCCAUCUGCUCCACUUCUCCCGUAUCUCUCGCCCUUUGCGUAUCGUUGCCAUGUCGAGCCCGGCCACCCUGAAGCGCAACGCGGGCCAUCUCUCCACCCCGGGGUCGGAUGCAAAGAAGCCCAAGGGCAACGCCAGCAUCGUGUCCUUCUUCGGGCCCCCCAAGGCGAAGCCGUUGACGACACAAGCGACGAAUACAACACCCGCUCCAGCACGCCCCAGCAGUUUCAACAAGGACAAAUGGGUGGCGACAUUGACCCCGGAGCAGAAGGAGCUACUGAAAUUGGAGAUUGACACCUUGGACGAAAGUUGGCUGGCCCAUCUCAAGGACGAGUGCGUCACCCCCGAGUUCCUCGCAUUGAAGCGUUUUCUCAAGAAAGAGAAAGACUCGGGGGCCAAAAUCUUCCCCCCAGAGGAAGAUGUGUACUCUUGGUCCCGGCAUACCCCUCUGCACAACGUCAAGGUCGUCAUCAUCGGCCAGGAUCCGUACCACAACCACAACCAGGCACACGGUUUAGCAUUUUCUGUCCGGCCGCCCACGCGGGCUCCACCGUCGCUGGUCAACAUCUACGCAGGCAUUAAGAAAAACUACCCGGAUUUCCAGGCACCGCCGGACAACGGCGGACUUCUUACGCCAUGGGCGGAUCGAGGUAGACUUACUCAGAAGGCAAUUGACCUGGUUGCCAAAGUCCGAACGCGUGGGGUGGUCUUUCUCGCCUGGGGCACUCCUGCUGGCAAGCGGGUUGCCGGCAUCAAUCGACAGAAGCACUGCGUGCUGCAAUCCGUGCACCCGAGUCCACUGAGUGCUCACCGAGGCUUUUUUGAUAACGGCCAUUUUAAGAAAUGCAACGACUGGCUUGCUACGCGCUACGGGGCCGACGGGAUCAUCGACUGGAGCCUGGGGCCGACCAAACCGAAAGCUACGCCGACUCCAUCCUCGAAUAAGGAGAAUUCUACCCUGGCUGAUCAGGCUUCGACUGCUAAACUGGUGUCUGAAGACCAGCCUCUGAAGCAGACUGAGGAUGUACCGGAGGAUGACGAAUUUGAUGAUGCGGAUGCUCUGGAAGCCCUGGUAGCUGCAGAGGAAGAGUAG